AUGGAGCGGCAGCGCGCAGCCGAAAAGGCACUUCAUGACCAGACCAAUAUCCUGCCCCGUGGGCAGCUCUUCGUUGUCUUCACGGGGCUGGCCAUCUCAUUACUUAUCACGUUUGUGGAUCAGAAUGGCAUCAGCGUCACUCUGCCUACCAUCGCGGAAGACCUUGAUGCUCGGAAUACUAUAUCUUGGGCCGGCACUUCAUCAUUGAUUGCCAAUACCAUGUUCACGGUGCUGUACGGCCGCCUCUCCGAUAUCUUUGGCCGCAAGGUCAUAUAUCUGUCGACGCUCGUGCUACUCUGCAUAUCCGAUAUUCUUUGCGGAGUUUCGGUAAACCCCGAGAUGUUCUAUGUCUUUCGUGGCCUGGCUGGAGUGGCUGGUGGAGGAGUGACUUCUUUGACUAUGAUUAUCGUCUCUGAUAUCGUGACCUUGCAACAACGUGGAAAAUACCAGGGCAUCCUUGGUGCAGCAAUGGGCCUGGGAAAUAUCAUCGGGCCGUUUGUCGGUGCUGCCUUUAUAAUGAGAUCAACCUGGAGGGGCUUUUUCUGGCUCAUUGCUCCAUUAGCAGCAGUAUCCGCCCUGGUUGGUUACUUUCUGAUUCCCAACAGCCAUAAAAAUGACAGCUUCUCCAAUAAUGUCAAGCGCAUUGAUUUUCUCGGGAUCCUCACGUCGUCUGUCGCGGUUAUACUGAUCCUCAUCCCGAUCUCUGGCGGAGGUUCUUAUUUUAACUGGGAAUCAGCGAUGACCUUCCUUCUGGGAGCUGUCCACCAAGCGUACCUCUAUUACCUGCCUCUGUAUUAUCAAAACGCUCGCGAGUGGAGUCCGAUUGUCUCUGCGGCUCUGACAUGCCCCUUGAUGGUGUGCCAUUCGCUCACCUCCAUCACCACCGGUCAGUACAUUUCGCGUCGCAAGCGAUACGGCGAGCUGAUUUGGCUUGGGUUCGGGCUAUGGACACUCGGUGGUGGCCUCAUGAUUAGGUUCGACAGAUCAACCAGCCCGGCUGUCAUUGCCGUAACUGUUGGCAUUGCUGGAAUCGGGAUUGGAAGCACAUUCCAGCCUACUAUGAUAGCAUGCCAGGCGCACUGUACAAAAUCACAGCGUGCGGUAGUCAUAUCUGACCGAAACUUCUUCCGCUGUCUUGGCGGGGCCUGCGGACUCGCUGUCUCUGCUGCUGUCCUCCAAGCUGUGCUUCGAUCGCACCUUCCGGAGGCAUACAAAAGCCUUGCGCAUUCAACAUACUCACUUCCAUCCAGAGAGACUAUCUCCGACGCAGAAUGGAGUACCAUUAUCGAUGCCUACGCGGCCGCGUCCCGGGCGGUAUUCAUACUGCAAGUUCCAUUAAUAGGUGCCUGUUUUCUGUUGUGCGUUUUCGUUCGUGAUCGGGGGUUGGAACGUCCCAAGGACCCAAAUGAGGAAGAACCAAACGAGCAACGUCAGCCGGCGGGCAGUCAAACACCUAAUGAGCACCAGAAACCUGAGGCAGUGACAAAAGCCAGAAAAUGA